GAGAGUCCGAGAUAACUUCAUUUAAAAAAUGUAUAUAUUUGAACCGUUCCAGCAGUAACAUAUUAUUAGUUCACCUUCAACACACCGUCAACGAUGACGAAUGCCAGUUUACAGAAAGCCAUUGAUUUAGCCAGCAGAGCCUCUGAGGAGGACAAGGCCAAAAACUACGAGGAAGCUCUGCGCCUCUAUCAGCAUGCAAUCCAGAAUUAUCUUCAUGUGGUAAAAUAUGAAGCUCAGGGAGAAAAGGCCAAGCAGAGCAUCCGAGCGAAGUGUGCUGAGUAUCUGGAGCGAGCGGAGCAGCUCAUGCAGUACCUGAAGAAUAAAGAGCGCACGCCGCCCUCCAAACCUGUCAGAGUUUCCCAAUCUGACGAUAAAGGGACUGACAAUGAUGACGGCGAUGCAGAGAAAAAGAAACUACAAAGUCAACUCCAAGAAGUAACAUAUUAUAAGUUCACCUUCAACACACCGUCAACGAUGACGAAUGCCAGUUUACAGAAAGCCAUUGAUUUAGCCAGCAGAGCCUCUGAGGAGGACAAGGCCAAAAACUACGAGGAAGCUCUGCGCCUCUAUCAGCAUGCAAUCCAGAAUUAUCUUCAUGUGGUAAAAUAUGAAGCUCAGGGAGAAAAGGCCAAGCAGAGCAUCCGAGCGAAGUGUGCUGAGUAUCUGGAGCGAGCGGAGCAGCUCAUGCAGUACCUGAAGAAUAAAGAGCGCACGCCGCCCUCCAAACCUGUCAGAGUUUCCCAAUCUGACGAUAAAGGGACUGACAAUGAUGACGGCGAUGCAGAGAAAAAGAAACUACAAAGUCAACUCCAAGGUGCUAUAGUUAUGGAAAAACCCAACAUUAAGUGGGACGAUGUUGCUGGUUUGGAAGGAGCCAAAGAGGCCCUUAAACAAGCGGUCAUCCUGUCAAUCAAAUUCCCUCAUCUUUUCCCUGGGAAACAGAGAGGGAUUCUGCUCUUUGGUCCGACAGGAACAGGAAAGUCCUACCUGGCUAAAGCAGUGGCUACAGAGGCCAACAACUCCAGCUUCUUCUCCAUCUCGUCAUCAGACCUGGUGUCCAAGUGGCACGGAGAGAGCGAGAAGUUAGUGAAGAAUCUGUUCAGUUUGGCUCGGGAGCAGAAGCCUUCGAUCAUCUUCAUCGAUGAGAUCGAUGCCAUGUUCGGCUCCGGAAAUGAGAACGAGAGCGAAGCGGCCCGCAAGAUCAAGACUAAGUUUCUGGCCCAGAUGCAAGGCGUAGGAAAUGACAACGAAGGAAUUCUGGUCCUCGGAGCGACGAACAUCCCCUGGACGCUGGAUUCUGCCAUCAGAAGAAGGUUUGAAAAGCGCAUCUACAUCCCUCUUCCAGAGCAGCAAGCUCGCUCCUCCAUGUUUAAACUGCUCCUCGGCUCCACUCCCAAUAGCCUCAACGAAGCUGAUUUCAUAACUCUUGGGAAGAAGACGGACGGCUAUUCGGGUGCUGACAUCAGCAUCGUUGUCCGUGACGCCCUCAUGCAGCCCAUCCGCAAAGUUCAGUCCGCGAAACACUUCAAAAAGGUCAGAGGCAAAGCAUGGAACAACCCAGAAGCUGUGGUGGAUGACCUCUUAAUGCCCUCCUCUCCAAACGACCCAGAUGCAAUCCAGAUGACCUGGGAGGAUGUAGUGAGGGAUAAACUCCUGGAGCCGAUAGUCAGCUUGGAGGACAUGUUGAUGUCGCUCGAGAAAACCAAGCCCACUGUGAACGAGGAGGAUCUGGAGAAGAUGAAGACGUUCACUCAGGACUUUGGCCAGUAGGGGUGAAUUUUUGCAGGAUUCACGUGGCAUUUAUUUAUAUUUUUCCAUCAUGUUUACAAAGCUCCCUCUGCAUAUUUUAUUUUUCAAAAUCUUUGAUCAGUUUUUAACCCUGAGAUUUUGUGGGGGGAGCCUUAAUAUUAUCCUGAACAUAACAUUCAGGUCAGAUGUCCAUUCAUUAUUACUAAAAAAUGUAUACCAUAUUUUCCAGACACCAAUCCGUGUUUUUUUUUUUAAUCUUCCGAGAUGUACUGAAUUAUUCCAAAGUAACUUAUAUAAUGCAUUAAAUGUCAAAAGGCCUAAGCAAAAUGUAAACACUUAAAAGUGGGCACUUACAGGUUUCUAUAAAUAUAGUUCUCCUGUCUGUGUGACAAGUCUGUCUAUACACUGUUGUCUUGUCUGUACCACUGUUUUCUACAUUUCAGGAUGAGGUUCACAGAAACUGAGAUAGCAAGUGCAUUUUGUUUGUUUUCUUUAACUAAAUAAAUACUGCUUGUAACUAGUGACACUAGAAUUUGUUUAUUUUAUACAUAGGCCUAAAUAUUUAUUUUAUUUGUUCUGUUUUGAAUAGCAUUACAUUUAAAUGAUUUGAA